AUGUCAGAUGAAGAGAUUUUAAGCACAAUUCCAUUACCAUACAUUAAAGUAGCAGAUAUCCAUGACGUCCCAGAUUGGCUCCACAAGCGUGCCGUUGAACAAAUGGAGCAAGUCUUUAUAGAAGGAAAUCUUUCAGAUUUUUAUGAAUCAUGGAAUGAAGACGUCAAACAGAAUUUCCCAUACGUUAAUUUUGCAAAGCAGAUUGCCCAGCUAGAACAAUUUUAUGGAGUUGUUGACAGAAUUGAUAGAGCAAUUGGUGCAAAAGCACAUCCAAAAGUUCCAGGUGUCAUAUUGACAUUCGUUAUUUGCUACAUUGAAAACGUAAGAAUGUUUUCUCUUGUAGCUUACAACGAUAAACAAGAAGUUGUUGAAUUUAAUUACGGUAGAUGCUGCAUUUAUCAUCCACCAGAGUACAUCAAAGAGACUAGAUUUGAGCGUUUAGAAUUAAGUGAAGAUCCAAAAAUUGUUAUUUCACGUCCUACAAAAGCUGGAGAUAAAUAUCCAGCAGCUUUUAUUAUUAACAUGCAAUGGCAGUUAAAUGUUGAUGGAAGAAUCGGAUAUACAUUCAUUUACAAAGACUAUGAAUACCUUUCUUCAGCAAAUGUUGCAUUUAUUAGAGGAGAAUUCACAGAAGACAUGCUUGAUGCCCCAGAACCAGCUUCAGCAUAUGCCGCAGCACUCAUGCAGCAACUCAUGGCCCGAUCUGAUAUCACAGAUAUAUUUAUUAUUUUCCAGGGCCACGGUGCUUUGUUCAUGAACCGAAUUCUCCGCAAAUUCGGAGGAGUCAUCAAAGGUGCAAUCUUAAUUAACCCAGCUGCUAAGCCUCUUAAGAAUUUCCCAAUGGUCGAAUACGAUUUCAACCAAUUCCCAGAAGAUAUCCCAAUUCUCCUUCUUAACUCCGAUUUCGAUCAAAUUGUUGAGCAAGAAGAGAAGGAUCAGUGGAUAAAAUUCACUUCUCAGAAGAAGAAUGUUACUAUUAAGAAUUACGACCACUGCGACCACAUGCUUAUGCCAUGCCCUCAAAAACUCGAAGGAUUUGAAUAUUCUGCUUACGAAUUCCACAUGUCUGACGUUGCUCUUAGAGAUAUUACAACAUUUAUUAGAAAUACUAAAUAA